AAAACAACAACACUAGAAACACUCUCCAAAAGAGUAAUUCUGACCGAAGCCCCAACAGGUUUCUGUCCUGUCCUCACUACUAAGAUCCCAGGAUGACAACAGACCAGACUGAACCAUGUUGCCUAGCAACUUGCCCCAGCCAAGAUGGAGCACUAGUGAGCCCUGUGUGCCGGACUGAUGGAGGGUGGGCUGGAGGAAAUGAGACCCUCAGUGGGGUACAACCCUGUUCCAGGAGAGGCUGUGCCCGGAUGCUGGCAGUGCCCCAGGGUGUGGUGAGACCACUGCUUCUAGUACCUGAAGGACUCUUGUCCCAGAGGCAUGAAUUCCUGGCAUUCUCUGUGACGGGGCAAGAUGGGAGAUGGGGGAAGGGGAAGGGUACAAGCUCCACCUAGGGCAGUGGCCACAGCAGGGAAAGGGGCAGACAGCACCAGGAGCCUGGGAAGGAAGCAUGAUGCCAGCAGGGACAGCAGCUGGAGCCUGGGUGCUGGUCCUUGCUCUGUGGGGAGCUGUAGUUGGUGGUCAGAACAUCACAGCCCGGAUCGGAGAGCCACUUGUCCUGAGAUGUAAGGGGGCCCCUAAGAAACCGCCCCAGCAGCUAGAAUGGAAACUGAACACAAUCCGGACCGAAGCUUGGAAGGUCCUGUCUCCCCAGGGAGGACCCUGGGACAGCGUGGCUCGAAUCCUCCCCAACGGUUCCCUCCUCCUUCCAGCUAUUGGAAUCAAGGAUGAGGGGACUUUCCGGUGCCGGGCAAUAAACAGGCACGGAAAGGAGGUCAAGUCCAACUACCGUGUCCGAGUCUACCAGAUUCCUGGGAAGCCAGAAAUUGUGUAUCCUGCCUCUAAACUCACAACUAGUGUCCCUAAUAAGGUAGGGACCUGUGUGUCAGAGGGAAGCUACCCUGCAGGGACCCUUAGCUGGCACUUGGAUGGGAAACUCCUGAUUCCUGAUGGCAAAGGAACAAUCGUGAAGGAAGAGACCAGCAGACACCCCGAGACAGGGCUCUUCGUGCUGCAGUCAGAGCUGACAGUGAUCCCAGCCCCAGGAGGAACCGCCCAUCCUACCUUCUCUUGCAGCUUCAGCCCAGGCCUUCCCCUACAUGGGACCUUGAAUGCAACCCCCAUCAAGCCCCAUGUCAGGGAGUUUGUGCCUCUAGAGGGAAUUCAGCUGUUGGUUGAACCAGAAGGUGGAACAGUCACUCCCGGUGGGACUGUGACCCUGACCUGUGUCAGCUCAGCUCAGCCCCCUCCUCAGAUCCACUGGAGAAAGGAUGGUAUACCCCUGCCCUUUGCCUACGACCCUGUGCUGCUCCUCCCUGAGGUAGGGCGUGAGGAUGAGGGCAUCUAUAGUUGUGUGGCCACCCAUCCCAGCCACGAGCCUCAGGAGAGCCCCCCUGUCAGCAUCAGCAUCACAGUGCACCCAACACCCAGGCCUCUUCUGCCCCACAACAAUCCUGUCAAGAGAGAAGUUCACCCUGCCCACUCACUGAAGGGAGAUGCCACUGGGCCUGCCCCCAGACAGCCCCACCCGAGCUCCAGUCCCCCUCAGACUACUCUUUGUCUUCCAGAAACCGGCCAGGAGGGGCCGGCUGCAGGCUCUGUGGGUGGGGCUGGGCUGGGGACGCUAGCCCUGGCCCUGGGGAUCCUGGGAGGCCUGGGAAUGGCCACCCUGCUCGUUGGGGUCAUCCUGUGGCGAAGACGGCAACCCAGAGAGGAGAGGAAGGCCCCAGAAAACCAGGAGGACGAGGAGGGACAUGCAGAGCUGAAUCAGUCAGAGGAUGCCGAAACAGCAGAGAAUGUGGCAGGGGGACCUUAGGAGAGCCCAGGCAGACCCUGUCCACCAGCUCCUUCGCCGUCCUCGUCCUCCCUCUCCCCCGUAUGAUCCCCAUUCCACCUCAUACACUUUCUUCUACAACCAGAGCCCACCUGACCCAUGCUGAGUAAACACUUGACACACCUUG